AUGCCUAAUUGGGCUCCACUCCUUCUAGACCUUGCAAUUGGAUCUUUACAAGUCAUGGGCCGUGGGCCCCGCUGGGACUACCUAAAUUGGAGACGGAGAGGUGCCUGGCUGCCUAGUGCCUGCCGCCGUUCCAAUUCAGUAUUGACGUACGCACGAACACGAAGAGUCGAAGACGAACGAAGCCCUUCGUCCAUCCGGCGUCCGCCGUCGUCAGGUCAGGUUCCUCGCGCCGUGGUGGCCUCGUCCUCGCCGCUAUUCCCGUUUUGGAGAUCGAGCCUCGAGGCCCAGGGCCGUCCUCGGUCCUUCGAGUUGGAGCUUGCCAGGCCAACAUUUUACCAAAUCUACAAGAAAAAAUCGACCGAAGAAUUUCAAUCGGUCCCUUACAUUGUCGGACUAUUUAGCGCCACUCUUUGGAUGUAUUAUGCAUUUCUCAAACCGGACACGACUCUUCUCAUCACAAUCAACUCAUUUGGCUGUCUCAGACAAGUGAUACGAACGAAAAGUGUGGAAUACAUGCCGUUCCUCCUCUCGUUUUUCCUUACCCUAAGCGCCGUUAUGUGGUUCUUUUACGGCUUCUUGCGUAAAGAUUAUAACAUUGCUAUCCCCAAUGUUUUGGGAUUCAUAUUUGGAGUCCUACAAAUGGUUCUUUAUGCUAUCUACAAAAAUGGCGAUAAAAACGAGCCCAAAAAGCAGCAAUAUCAGUUCUCGGAAAUCGAAAGACAAAUACAUGUCAUCGAUGGCCUAAAAAUCCCGGAACAUAAAGGUCCGAUUAUCGAUGUUGUGAAGCGUGCACCGGUGGUCCCGACUCUCAUUGACGACGAAAUUGAAAAAGCACGCUCAGUCUAA